GAAGUCAUUUGUGUACAGUUGCUAGGACACAAGGUUCAAGAAAUUUAGGUGAAGAUGUCUAAAGGCACAACUAUAAAAGAGGCUCUGGCGAAAUGGGAGGAUAAGGAAAAACGCAAGGCUGCUGAUUCAACUGAGGUGAAACUUCUUGCCCAGAUUCCCCCCAUUGAGAAAAUGGAUGCCUCCCUCUCGACACUUGUCAAUUGCCGGCAACUCUCUCUGUCGACCAACACUAUUGAAAAAAUUGCCAAUCUCAAUGGACUGAAAAACUUGAAAAUUUUGUCCUUGGCAAGAAACAGCAUAAAAAGUUUAACUGGACUGGAAGCUGUUGGAGACACACUUGAGGAGCUUUGGAUAUCAUACAACAACAUUGAAAAACUCAAGGGAAUCAAUAUGCUGAAGAAUUUAAAGGUUUUGUACAUCGCCAAUAACAGUGUAAAGGACUGGGGAGAAUUUCAAAGACUGGAAGCCCUUCUAAAAUUGGAUGAUCUUUUGUUUGUUGGUAACCCUCUGGAAGAGAAACUGACGUCUGAAGCUACAUACAGAGAUGACGUCAUUAAGAAAUUAAAGAUGAUCAAAAAGCUUGAUGGUGUGCCAGUUGUCAGGGAUGAACCAGAGGAUGAACAAGACUAGUUCAAACCAGCAGAGGUUAAGGAAGAAUAAGCCAUACAUAUUGGGGAUACCUUUUCCUAAUCCAUCCAUCUUAACUUUCUACAUGUACUGUCACAUUUCCGGGUAUUGUGACAUGUAAAAAGUUGGAGAACUUCAGAAUUUUACGAAAAACAAAAUUGAGGGAUGGUCCUCUCUUAACCGGUAAUGCAGCCUGCACCUUUAACUAGGGUAUCACACCCGAGUUUUGAUGGGCCUAUCACCACAUUAAUGUUUCAUGCUCAAGGUCUUUGUUAUUUCACACUACAUUACUGUCAUUAAAUUGAAUUAUAUGUGAUGCGCAGCGUGAAAUGCUUAUGUAGUGAUAGGCCUUGGAUUCCGGACUUGAAGAAUUAGAAUUUCCUUCCCUCUUGUUGACUUGAAGUUGAGCCGGUCAUAAACUGUGGACAGUGAUGGUCCCAAUAGCUUCCAUGUGGACGUUUCUUGUUAAAUUUUGAAAACAUUGGAAUCCUAUUAUAUGCAUCUUGACACAUCACAGGUUAACAUUGACAAACUGAUAUGCUCAUGAUGACAUCAGAAUUUUGAGAAUCAAGAUGAUUAUCUGAAUCAAAGACAAGUACAAUGUAUUUGUAGUUGCACUGUGACAGUUUCUACUGACUGAUUUUGUCAUCAUCUGUUACAAAUAACAGAUUAAAAAGGCCUCACAUACACACAAAAAUAGCAGUUUGAAGCAGUCAACUACCGGGUAGUCUACAGAAUUAUUUCUUCGCCCAUGGUAAAUACUGCUGAUUUCUGUAAAUAUAUAGUGUAAACAAUAGGUCUCGGCCCCGGCAAAGAUGUUGUAAGUCUUUGACCUUUCCGUUGUGAAAAUAUUAUAAUGAUUUGCAAGACUUUGAGAAAGGAAGAACUUUAUGACAAUAAUCCGUCCAUCUUGUUAUCAUUUGAAAGCAGACAACAGUCGGUAUUCAACAGGAAUCUCUUGAAAUUUGCUUUUUCACUAAUUUACUAGUUUAUAAUUGAAACAAUUUGUGGUUAUUGUAUGAACUCAGAUUAGCCUGAAAUUCAUUUUCAAGAGGUGAAUUGGUUUUCCCUCAUCUGUUGAAACUGGUCUAGACUCCUUCAAAUUUACGUGAAAUUCAUGUAUAAAAUUGACCUUGUAUAGUUAUUUGUAACAUUUCAUUGUUGUGUGUAAAUAAAUAAAUGUUAUCUUUUGGAAAA